AUGCCCUCUCCUGCGACCCCGCGGCGAGACGCUGUUCGCGGUAGCGCCAAGUCUACGCCCACAAAGUCCAAGACGCUCGACAUCGGAAAACCCCUCGGCCUUUACGACACAAAUUCCGUUCGCGAAAAGGUCCGGGUAUGGCAGCAGAAAGGCGGAGGCGUCGUCGCAUCUAAGGAUGCCCUGGCCGACGACGAAAAUGAUGUGAAGAUACACGAAGCAGAAAAAGAAAGAGGAGAGCAAGACGAAGAAAACAAACCGAUCAGAUCUAAGCUUGAAGAGCCCACAGAGCCUCCAAAAACCCCGAGACCGACCGCGCGGAAGACUAGCAAGAAUAUAAAGGGCGCUGAAAAUGGUGGUAUCAGGAAGCGCAGUCAAAGCACGCCGAGGAAGCGUGUCAUCAGCGACCAGCAUUGGCGAAAGCAACGCAGUCCGCCCACUGCCGGCAGAAAGGCAGCGAAAGAGCCCCCAAAGCGAAUAACAACAUACAAGACGAACGAGCAGUACACAUCAUCAACGUCCUCCCUGCCAGAAAAGAAGUCCGCGAGGAAAGACCACAUACCAGACGACGGAAUCAGGGUGUACGCUCACGGCCAAACCCCCCGGAACAAAUCUCGAACCGUCAAAACCACUAGAUAUGUAUACAAGGACGAUGAUUCGUUUCUCGAAAAGGAGUCUUCAAAGGACGCCGAGUCUGUCGUUACAUCAGCGAUUUCAAAAGAAUCCGAGGAAAACGAGCCGACUGUGGCGGGUCGCUUAAGACGAAACACUCCGCCUCCAGAAGAUGACGAUGGAUGGGCACGAAGUGAAGCCGACUUCUCCGAAUUGUCUCGCCGGAGACGACGAGGUGUAACUGAACCGCGCAACCUUCGCAAGACAAAAGGCGGGCUUUUGAAUCAGGUUCUCGACGAAUCUAGGAAAAUGUUUGCCAAACCAGCCCCUCCCCCGCCACCGCCUGUCAAUAACCGCGGAGACAAGAUCGCAGCAUGGUUAUCCGGUCAACCCGACCCAUUUGUCGAUGGAGGAGAUGAUAGGAUGUCGGUAGAAAUACCCGCCCCUUUGAAGACAAGAUCAGAAACGACCAAGAGAUCUGUCCGAAGCUUGGAGUCAAGUGCGAUAGAAGAAGAUAGCCAAUUUAGCGAGUCCUGGCAUGACCACAGACGCGACAGCAAGACAUCCGAUGAGAAAAGCAGGCGACGACGUCGUUCGAGCGGAUCUUUAACGGUUUGUGAAGAUACGGAAACUCUUCGCAAAUCGCCUCUUUCGGAAACUAGUGUUUCUGAAACCAGAAAAGGGAGACCCGUCUCUUCACACUCACAUUCCGUUAAGAAUCCUCGCACACCAGACCCAACCACACCGACCAGAACCUCACGUCUUAAGAAUGUCGCGCCAAGUCGAGAUUCUAUUAUCUCUGACGAGAGUUCAGAGGUUUCUGCAAGUGAUAUCAUCCUUCCUUUGAGGCUGAAGAGGCCUUUUCCUAGCACUGGAAUACAUCGAUUGUCCACUAUAGCUUCGGAGGAAACUUUGAGUACAAGAGAUGACAGGUCUUUUCUUGAAAGAGAGAGCCAAUCUUCAGAAUUAGAUUCUACAACGACCCGCUCUUUGAACGAUGAAGAGCGUGAUUACUUCGACCCCAAUUCUCUUUCAAGAGCUGGCCAUGGACUCAAAAGGAAGCUGACAAAACAUGAUGAUCUAAUGUCCGUCCUGUCUGAACCCACAUCUCGAAGACACAGUGUACGAUCUUCUCGCAGCAUUAGAAGCAAUCGAACUCGACUAGGAAAGGCAACUAUGGAAGAUUUGAUGAACGAGCUCACGUCCGACGAGGCAAAAUACUUGCGUGAACUUCGUACUUUGGUUGGAGGUGUUAUUCCUGUCCUUUUAAGUUGCGUCCUUUCUCGAUCAGAUUCCGCCAUCGCCGCUGGCCUCUUUCGGCCAUCGGCGGACCCGAAAGACGAGAUGACCUUUACUAGACCAAUAGUCGAUAUGGGCGUCGCCCUUGAGCGCCUGAAGACAUUGCACAAGCGAAUACCCUUAGAAGACUGCGAUGCCCUCUUGAACUGGGCACAAGGUGCUCAAAGAGUGUACCGAGACUAUCUCAAAGCCUGGAGAAUGGGCUUCCAAGACGUGGUCGUGAAUCUGGCCCCCCUUGAUGAAGAAGAAUCAGCCAAAUUGGAGACCCAAAGUUUGGAUCAGGGCAUGGAUAGAGACGAGUCUGGUGACGUUAUAGAUAGCAACGGGGAGAAGGUGGAUGUUGCAUAUCUGCUCAAAAGGCCCCUUGUUCGAUUGAAGUAUCUCUCAAAGACCUUCAAAGGCAUCGACUAUAUAGCCCAUUCGCCAAAAGCUGAAAAAGUGGCUGAAAACUAUCAAGAACUCGUUGAGCAUGCUCGUCGCCGGUCCAACGAUGAACGAGCCCGGCUUGAAGAUGAAUCCGCAGCUUGUAUCGAUGGAACUAGGAUUCGGGACCCUGAAACUUUGAAGGUUCUUACCGACGUCACUGUAAACAAGACGCGCCGAGUUCUGGCACGAGACUUUUUCAAUUUGUCCUUGUUGCAUUCAAGUGGUCAAACGAUUGAUUGCCAUGCUGAAUUGCUGCUCAGAGACAAUGCUCCUGGAACUGAAUCCGGCGGUGACCUUCUCAUAUGUGAGAUUGAUGACACCGAUCGCUGGCUUCUGUUUCCUCCCAUUGAAACGAACUGGAUCUCUGCUCGGAGUGGCAGCUCUAAAGGUGAAAUAGUUGUGAUGAUACGAGGAAAAUCGGCGGUUGAGGACCGGGAGUGGCGAGAGUUGUUAUCUCUGACCAUUCCAGGCGAAGAUGUUAGAUCUGAAUGGAUCCAUAUGAUCGGCCUAGAUCCAGUCCCUCCAACUAUAUCUAGGUCUCAUAGUUUCCUUGAGCGAGCAAGGAAACAGCGUCGAAAGUCUGUUGAUGAAAAGAGCGAGAAACCAGCUUCUUUGAAGUUGCGCUUGCCUAGUCCAAGUGAAGUUGAUGUACCAAUUGGUGAGCAAGGGAGCGUCGUUAGCCGUACAGGAAACAGCUUUGUUACCAACAGUUCUGGGCCAAGUUCAUUGAGCAAUAACUCCGAGGCAGUUUCUGGUGUCUCUUUGGCUUCUGCAAUUACCAGGGCAUCUGACUACUCGGAAGCCGCCCAGCCCAUGACACCCACUUCCCCCAAUGCCCGCGAGUCGCUGCCCUCAGCCAAGGAGUUAAGUGACAGGAAGGUACUUGAAGGAAAAGCCUCUCCGGGCUUGAAGAGGACCAAAGCAAAGAGGCGAUCUCGACAUGCUGAAGAGAUGUCCCCUUCAGAGAAUUCACCCAAGGCUUCCUCUGUGUCUGUGCCUGAGCAACAACCAGAAUCACCACCAAAACCAAGCCCGAAAACCCCUGGUCGAUUCUACGAAAGCACUAAACCCAUCAUCAAGCCAAAAGCCAGCAUCUCCCGAGAAAAAGGCGAAGCGCCUCUGCAUGCUAAGCGUGAAAGUCCGAACGAGCACCGUCUGUCUUCUGUACCUUCAAUGAAAAUGCCAACGAUACCGAAGAUCAGGCAGGAAAGUGGUAGCAGCCACAGUAACACAUCGGUCGAUACCACUUCUGAUGAUGAGGAAUGGCCAGACUUGGGAUCAAAUACGCAUUCGCCUGAAACUGAUACCAGUGAAUCAGAGGAGCCGCCUGCUCCACCUCCUCAUCGAUCUCCAAGCCAAACACAACUCAAGAAUGUUCCGACUCUCAGCCCAUCUGCCAAUCGCCAGAAGCGAAGGUCAUCAUCACCCCUGAAGCACGAAUAUGAGCCAUCGACUGCUUCCGACACUUCAUCUGAGUCCGACAGUUCGACUGUCCGCCAUUAUGACAUGGGAUACUCUUCUUCAGGCUCUUCCGACUCAUCGGACGAGGAAUUAGAAGACGAUGACAUCUUAUUACCUAUCCCCCCCACAAGAUCGGCCCAGUUCUCAGAUCCUUCCCCCCCCGCAUCUCUUCCUGCUCUUGAUGGAGAUACUUUGUCUCCUUCAAAUUCUGCUUCUCAAGGACCUUAUCGUUCUGUUCCCUCACAGCCAUCCAAAUCAUCCAAAGCGAUUGCAUCGAUAUUUUACUGGGCAGAGCAAGGGAAGUGGGAACCCCUCCUUCCUGCUGAAUGCAGUAUCGUGGUGACCCCUGGUCUUAUCGAAGCGUAUGAGAUUUCGAAUGGCCCCGAAUCAGACUAUCAUACUGGCCAUAAGAACCGACCUCUUAUUGCACUGGAGCUGACACCCUUGGUUCCAAUUCGUCGUGGAACCGCGAUCGAUAUUAGCAUACGCUCCCCACCUACCGAAAGAUCCAGAAUCCGAAAAAGUAAUAACAUCAUGUUCCGCUCCCGCAAUUUGGAAGAAUGUGAAGCGUUAUAUGGCUUGAUCAACCAAGCUCGCAUUAAUAAUCCCACCUACAUCGCUCUUCAAAACGCACGAGGUCCUUUCGAUGGGCAGCCAGCUGCUCUCUCAAGAUAUAACUCGACAGACAAUAAUAAAACGGCCAGCUGGUUUGGUUUCCCGCGAAGGAAAAAUAGUUAUCGAGCUUCGAAGCGCGCGCCUUCCAUAGGUAUGGCGUCUGACAGUAGCGUGGGCACUAUGAGCAGUGCAUUUUCUGCCCUCAAGCGAUUUGGUACCGGCAAUAAGCUCUUCAGCAUUGCCAGGUCGACCAUUACAUCCCGAACAGGAAGCCGCGAUGGAAGCCUUUAUUCAAGCUCUGGUGGCUCUGGUCUUGCAGCACUUGCAGAGGCAAUAAAGGGAGCUGACGGCAUUGGUUUGUCAAAUGCGAAAAUCAGAUUUUAUCUCCGCGAGAGCACAACGAAAUGGCGUGACCUGGGUGCAGCUCGACUGACGAUCAUGCCUGCGACACCCAAAUCAUCACGGCCAACUACAUCUAGCGACACGUCAGCAGGAGAUGCAAACCCAGGUUCAAGCAGGUCUCCAUCAGAAGUUCCAAGUGAUUCGGUAAAUGAACCUCUCCCCGACGGUGUAUCAACUCCUACACCCGCCGCAUCCCCUCGCCGCGUCGUUAUGAGCCAAGAAAAACGAAUUAUCGUCCAGGGAAAAACUGUAGGCGAAGUUUUACUGGACGUUUGCUUGGGCGAGAGCUCUUUUGAACGUAUAGCUCGUACUGGCAUUGCUGUUUCCGUCUGGGAAGACCGCGCGGGCGGAACUGUUCAACACAAGGGUGGAGUUACUGGCGGAGCAUUCCGCAUUUAUAUGAUUCAAAUGAAAAGCGAGGCUGAAGCUGCAUAUACUUUUGGCUUGGUUGGAAAGUUGCGUUAUUAA